UAAAAAAAAUAUAUAUAUUCAAGAGCAGAGAGACUGAGGAGGAAAUAAGACAAUAAAGAAGAAACCUGAACAAGGGAGUUAAAGCUGCAUUUAUAUAUAAAAAAUACAACAAAUAAAUCAAAUUGGAAUUUAUACAUGGCAUUAAAGAUAUGCGCAAGUGAAUUUUUGGAAGUCAUGGGUGAUUAACAAUUUCCCAAGCAGAUCCAAUUAGAAUUGCCAGAUUAUUUUUCAAGAUGGACAGCCAGAACCAAUAUCACGUAUCUCGGCCAAUCUACUCAAUACGUGCCUUUGAGCAUGUAAAUGAAAGACAAGCCAGAGAAAAGAAGAGCCUUAAAGAAAAGCUCAGAAACUCCUGCAGUUGCUCUACUAAAGCGGCCUAUGGACUGGUUAAGAGGUUUUUCCCAAUCUUAGAAUGGCUCCCAUUAUAUCAACCCAGGCAAUGGAUUACUGGCGAAAUUGUAUCAGGAAUCACUACAGGGAUGGUGUGUGCUUUACAAGGAUUGGCUUACACACUACUGGUUAAUGUUCCACCUGUAUAUGGACUUUAUGCUGCUUUCUUCCCAAUUCUCACCUAUUUCAUUUUGGGCACCUCUAGACAUCUAUCUGUGGGCCCAUUUCCAGUCACAUGUCUAAUGAUGGGAUCUGUCAUAUUGAAUCUUGCUCCUGAUGAAAUGUUCAUGAAACCCGGAAAUGUGACAGGUGUAAAUGGGACGGUAGCAUUGGUUUUGAAUACUGUAGCAAGAGAUGAAAUGAGAGUGGCAUUAUCCAUCUCAAUGACUUAUCUGAUUGGAAUUUUUCAGCUGGCAAUGGGUGUGGCAGGAGUGGGUUUCUUGGUGCGUUAUCUUUCUGACCCACUAGUUGGUGGCUUCACCACAGCUGCAGCUGUGACUGUAGUAGUAUCUCAACUCAAGCUGAUUUUUAAUGUCCCCACUGGAAACUACAAUAGUGUCCUGGCUAUCUUUUAUACGAUUGGGGACGUAUUCAAAAACAUUAAGAAAGCCAACAUGGUUGACCUAAUUGCUGCAGUAGUGACGAUCAUCGUGGUAAUGCUUGUAAAGGAGUUUAAUGUCAAAUAUCAGAAGAAGCUUCCAGCGCCUAUUCCCAUUGAAGUGGUAGUGACAGUUAUUGACGCAGGAGUUUCUUAUGCACUUGACCUCAGCACCAAUUACGGGUCUGGUAUUGUCCGAACUAUCCCAAGAGGGUUUAUUCCACCUCAGCCCCCAGAUACAUCCUAUUUUGCCAGUUUUGCAGGCAGCAGCUUUUCCACAGCAGUGGUAUCUUAUGCAAUAGCAAUAUCAGUGGCUAAAGUCUAUGCAGCAAAACAUGACCUUGUAGUUGAUGCAAAUCAGGAACUGUUAGCUUUUGGAGUCAGCAACAUUUUCUGUGGUGCAUUUGGUGGUUUUGUAGCCACCACUGCACUCUCACGAACAGCUAUACAAGAGAGUACAGGAGGCAAAACUCAGGUAGCAUCCUUAAUUGCAGGUCUGCUGGUGCUGAUAGUGAUUGUGGCUCUUGGUCCUCUACUUCAGCCUCUACAGAAGUCAGUGCUAGGAGCCAUUGUCGUUGCCAACCUGAAAGGCAUGUUUAUGCAGGUGCAUGACGUGCCCAUUCUCUGGAGGAAGAACAGAACAGAUUGUCUUCUUUGGGUGUUUACAUUUGCUGCCUGCAUCCUGCUGGGGCUGGAUGUCGGUUUGCUGGCUGGCGUAGUGUUUGAGCUUGCCACUGUGGUUAUCAGGACACAAUUCCCAACUUGUUCAACACUUGGAAAUAUACCCAGCACAGACAUCUACAAGAACAUGAAAGACUAUAAAAAUAUUGUCACAUGUCCUGGAACAAAGAUAUUCAAAUGUAAUGCACCAAUAUAUUUUGCCAACAUUGAACACCUAAAAGACCGGAUAAAGCAUACAGUGGGAUUUAAUGCAGUGCAAGUGUUUAAGAAAAGGAACAAAGCAUUAAAGAAGAUUCACAGUUUAAUCAAGAAGGGGAAGCUUAAAGUCACAGAGAAUGGCCUGGUCCCAGUGGAACAACUGGGUGUAGAUAAUGAGGGGUAUGAGACUGAGCGGGACCCAGGGCAGGUGGAUAGCGAACCUCAGCCAGUGGAGAAUGGGGCUCGAACAGCUGUGGAUCUAGAGAUGCAAGUAGACUGGACAGCUGCACUGCCUGUAAAUGUCACAGUUCCCAAAGUCGACAUCCACAGCUUCGUCAUGGAUUUCACUGCUGUCUCCUUCCUGGAUGUGAUGGCUGCAAAAUCCAUUAAACUGAUUAUAAAGGAAUUUUUGCGCAUUGGAGUGAAUGUUUAUAUUGCUGGCUGUGAUGAUGAAAUUGUCAUGAAGAUGGAGUCUAUGGGAUUCUUUGAUGAAAUGGUGAACAGAAGCAUGCUUUUCCUCACUGUCCAUGAUGCUAUUCUCUACAUAAAGAUGGAAACUGCUAGUGAUAUCACAGAAGACCCGAUGAUAGAGAAGAUCUCACAGCUACAGGAUGACAAAAUACCUUACCCUGAUGAUGAUGACUUGAUUGAGACCUAUGACAAUCAGCGCUUGGCUAUCCAUGGACUCUCAAGCUGAGACUAAACUGAUGUUUUUACAGACAUGUAAACAAGUCAACAAGGCCUUCAAACCAAAAAAAAAACACAAAUUCUGAUGACAAAUUGAAUACCCUUGGUUAUCAUCAGCAAAGCAUUGAUCAAUACACUUUUAGUACUGGUUUAAAAUAAUUUUUCAGAAACCCUUCAAAUUCUUAUCCUAAUUAUAAUCUUAUGAAUUAUACAUAACUACAGUGAAACUUAUACAAAACAUGUAUAGAAAUAGUAGACCCACAUACUGUCCUGGGAGAUUAGAUCGAUCACUUUAUCCACUCCAAAUGGAAAUUUACACUUUAAGGGGGUCAGGUAAUAAUGAACAAUAACUUUUCUCUUACUAUUUACUUUAAGGAUUUUUUUUUAAUUGAAGACAAGCAGGAUACAAUUUUAGUCUAUAAAAUAUUUAAACUAAUUUCUACACAUAUUACACUCCUCAAGCAUUUAACCUCACUUUCUAAUACUUUCCUACUUACUUUGGUUUUUUAUUUACCUGCACUUUGUAAACUUACAAGAAAGUGAAAAAACAUGACAUCAACAAAAGCAUUUAUUUUACAGCUGUCUUAAAGUGCUGCUUCUCCUGUCUUUAUAUUAUAAUUAUAUCAUCAGAAAUAUAAUUCCAAUGUAUUCUAUGUUCUAUCUGUUACUGUAAUCAUAAAAGCAAAUUAUUUUGCUGAAACCCCAAUUUAGUGGGUAGCCAUCCAUUUUGUAUUGUUUCUACUUUAAAUCUCUGUGUAUAAUGAAACAUAUUUGGAAUAAAAACAGACUUGCAGUAAAAUAAUUAUUUACAGUG